AUGCCACAAGUCCGCAACCCAAUCCUGCCCGGCUUCAACGCCGACCCCUCAGUCCUUCGGGUCGGGGAUGACUACUACAUCGCGACUUCUACCUUCGAGUGGUAUCCUGGCGUGCAAAUUCACCACUCGAAGGACCUUGCAAACUGGGAUCUCGCCAUUCGUCCCCUUAACCGCAAGUCCCAGCUGGACAUGCGCGGUGACCCGGAUAGCUGCGGCAUUUGGGCACCCUGCUUGACACACGACGGCGAGAAGUUCUGGCUUGUGUACACGGAUGUCAAGCGGAAGGAUGGUGCCUACAAGGACGCGCACAACUACAUUGUCAGCGCUCCGACCAUCGAAGGUCCUUGGUCUGACCCCUUCUACAUCAAUUCAUCUGGAUUCGACCCUUCCCUCUUCCACGAUGACGACGGCCGGAAGUGGUUUGUCAACAUGCUCUGGGAUCACCGUCGCCGUCCCUUGACCUUUGCGGGGAUAGCCCUUCAGGAAUUCGACCCCAAGGCCGGCAAGUUGGUCGGCCCGCGCAAGAACAUUUACCAGGGAACCGACUUGGGUCUCGUCGAGGGCCCUCACAUGUAUAAGCGCAACGGGUGGUACUACCUCCUGACGGCCGAAGGUGGCACGGGGUAUGAGCACGCGGCUACGCUCUGCCGGUCACGCAACAUCUGGGGCCCGUACGAGGACCAUCCCCAGAAACACAUCGUUACGUCCAAGGACCAUCCCCACGUCGCUCUCCAACGGGCGGGCCACGGCGACAUCGUUGACACACCGGAUGGCCGCACUUACGUCGUCCAUCUGACCGGACGACCCAUCACACAGUUCCGCCGUUGUGUGCUGGGUCGUGAGACCGGUAUCCAGGAAGCGUACUGGGGAGACGACGACUGGCUCUAUGUCAAGAAUGGUCCUGUUCCAAGCUUGUUCGUGGAUUUGCCUGGUGCCCGCAAUGAAGACGUGUACUGGGAGCCUAAGCGUUACACCUUCGAGUCUGGUUUGCACAAGGACUUCCAGUGGCUCCGAACACCCGAGACGGAUCGCAUCUUCAACACCAAGGACGGCAAGCUGACUCUCAUCGGCCGUGAGGCUGUUGGAUCAUGGUUCGAGCAAGCCUUGGUGGCCCGGCGGCAAACACACUUCUCGUACGACGCGGAGACGGUCAUUGACUUUUCGCCCACGGACGAACGGCAGUUCGCUGGUCUAACCGCCUACUAUUGCCGCUUCAACUAUUUCUACUUGACCGUGACGGCGCACUCCGAUGGUCAACGCGAACUGUUGAUCCAGGCCUCCGAGGCCUCGUGGCCUCUGGGGACCUUGACCACCCCCUUCCCAGAGGCUGUCCAGAUUCCCAACGAAGGCAAGGUUCGCCUUGCCUUGACUAUCCGGGGGAAAGAGUUGCAAUUUUUCUACGCUUUGGAAGGGGAGGAGCUGAAGAAGAUCGGCCCCGUCUACGAUGCUAGCAUUAUUUCUGACGAGUGCGGUGGCCACCAGAAGCAUGGAAGCUUUACCGGUGCGUUUGUGGGCGUUGCUGCGUCCGACAUCAACGGAACGGCCGCGGAGGCUAGCUUCGAUUAUUUUAUCUACAAGCCGGUCCAUCACGAAAGCGAUCGGUACGAGAUUUGA